AUGUUUACAAAAUUUUUCAGCACAUUUCGACCAUUUAAUUACUUUCAAAAUAAUGCUAAACAGUUAAUGCUAAUUGGAUUACUAUCUACUAUUUGUUAUAGAAAGAGAUUAAGUCUAUAGGUUAAUCCAAAUAUAAAACAAUAUGGUGAUAAACUCAAUCGAGCAUUCAAAAGAACAUUAUAACCUGAAGAUGAUUUUUAGUAUAAAUAAGUAUUUCUAUAUUUUAGUAAACAUACAAUUAUCUUAUCUGGUACCUCAAAUAAAGAUCUAGCUGAAGGUAUCAUAACUAAUAUAAUUAAUCUAUAGAGAUUGCUGAAUAUUUGAAUAUUAAAUUAGGUAGUGUUAAAAUUGGAAGAUUUGCAGAUGGAGAAUGUCAAAUUUAAGUUUAAAUAAUAAAUAUCAUAGGUUCUUGAUAAUAUUAGAGGAAAAGAUGUAUUUAUUAUACAAUCAACAUCUCCUCCUGUAAAUGAUAAUUUGAUGGAAUUAUUAUUAUUAGUGUCUGCAUUAAGAAGAGCAUCAGCAAGAAAAAUUAUUGUAGUAGUUCCUUAUUAUGGAUAUGCAAGACAAGUAAUUCUUUAUUUAUAUUUAUAUUAGGAUAGAAAAUGUGCACCAAGAGUUCCUAUAUCAGCAGCUGAUGUUGCUAGAUUAUUAGAAACAGUAGGAGUAGAUAGAUUAAUAUCUGUAGAUUUACAUUGUGGAUAAAUUUAAGGGUUCUUUGGACCUAGAGUACCUGUUGAUAAUCUUGAAGCAAAUUUAGUUGCUUAAAAUUAUUUGUCAUUAUAAAAGAAAUAUGAAUUCAAAGAUGUUGCAGUUAUUUCACCAGAUGCAGGUGGUGUUUAUAGAGCAAAGAAAUUUUAAGAAUAAUUUGAUUAGCUUCAUCCUGGAAUGCAAUCUCAUUUAGCAAUGAUUAUUAAAUAAAGAGAAGGACCAGGAAAAAUUGCGUAAAUGAAUCUAGUUGGAUCUGUUAAAGGAAAAGAUUGUAUUAUUGUAGAUGAUAUGAUCGAUACAGCAGUAAAAUUUAUGACAUUUCUUUUAGGGUACACUCUCUGAAGCUGCAAAAGUCUUAAAAGAGCAAGGUGCAAAUAGAGUAUUUGCAUUUGCUACUCAUGCAUUGUUUUCUGGCAAAGCAUUUACUAAUCUAUCUAGUCCAUCUUUAGAUUAAAUUAUAGUUACAAACACUAUUCCUCCAAAACCUCAAGAAGAAGUUUUAGGAGAUAAAAUUUGUAGAUUAUCUGUUGGUAAUUUAUAAAUUAACUUUAAGCUCCUUUAUUAGCUGAAGCCAUUUAUAGAGUCUAAAAAAAGGAAAGCGUUUCAACCUUAUUUGAUAUUAAACAUUGA